AUGCCCAUCACAGAUGAAGAUGAGGCCGCUCACCAGGCGGAGAUUGCGGCAUCGGAUUUGCCGCCCUCUGAGCCAAAAACCGAGUAUGCCAACCGGGCCCAGACGCAGCAUUGCGAGUGCUAUACAUAUGUCAACAACCUGGUCACCUGGGACGGGCCCGACGACCCGGAAAAUCCUCGUAACUGGCCUCGCUCCAAGAAGUUGAUCUUCACUCUCGUUGCCUCCCUCAUGAUCUUCAAUAUUUCCUUUGCAUCCAGCGUGUUCGGGUCAGCCAACAAGGUGGUAGGUGCCGAGUUCGGGGUUUCAAGCGAGGUUAUGGAUCUUUCUGUGACCCUGUUUGUGGCGGGCUUUGCCACAGGGCCCUUGUUCUGGGGCCCGUUCUCCGAGGUGUACGGCAACACGACGCCGUUGGCGGUAGCCGUACUCGGAGCCGCUAUCUUCCAAAUCCCUCUCGGGCUGGCACAAAACGUGCAGACCGUCCUUGUGAGUCGAUUUCUGGCCGGGGCCAUCGGUAGCGGCGUCCUGGCCGUGGGCUCGGGCAUGUUUUCCAAGAUCUUUGGCCCUGUUUCUCGUGCCCUGGCGGUGGGGUUCGCCUCAACACUGAUGAAUAUGGGUAGUGCGUUGGGUCCAAUUGUGGGGUCGUACACGGUGGCUUACGCGGGUUGGCGCUGGGUUGCCUGGAUCACUCUGAUUCUAUGCACUGUGAUAGGCCUUAUCGCGGCGUGCACCAUUCGCGAGUGCGCCGGGGAGGUCUUGUUGGUCCGCAAGGCCCGACGCCUACGCAAGGAGACCGGUAAUGCAGAGCUGCGAGCCCCACUUGAAGAGGAGGGAAUUGAUUUCUCCGACCUGAUCCAUCACCAUCUGUCUAAGCCCCUUCGGAUGAUUGUCCAAGAGCCUAUCCUCAUCAUCAUCACCGUGUAUCUGACCGUGGUGUAUGGCUCUUUCUACCUGGCCUACGAUAUGUUCACCUACGCCUUCGAGCGCCGCGGCUGGUCCAGCACCACCGCCACGCUACCUUUCGUCGCUGUCUACCUGGGUCAAAUUGUUGCCGUCCUUCUCUGGACGGUGUAUAACCGGGGCCCCUUCCGCCGCAAGCUUGAGGAGCAGGGCUAUUGUACCCCAGAGGAUCGCCUUCCCCCCAUGCUCUGGGGUGCAGUGAUCCUGCCGCCCUCACUCUUCUGGUUCGGUUGGGCAAUGCUGACGCACUGGAUCGCCCAGGUCAUCGCCGCCUUUUGGGUCGGGCUGGGCUUGCAGCUGAUCUUCAUUACUGGUAUCGUCUACAUCAUCGAUGUCUACACUACCUGCCCUAACUCGGCCAUCUCCAUUCAUGUGGUUGUCCGUAGCUUGGUCUCCUCCACCUUUUCUUUGUGGUGUACCCCCAUGUAUGACGGACUCGGCGUCGAAUGGACGGCCACUGUUCUGGGUGCCGUUGCUCUCCUGCUACUGCCCUCCCCGUUCAUCUUCCGCCGUUACGGCGUAGCCAUUCGCAAGUCCAGCAGCUUUUCCGAUGCCCCCUACUGA